CUUGGUUGCAGAGCAGACUUGAAUGAUCCUGUGUGCUGUGCUCUGCUUAGUGCCGCUGAAUGCUGAGGAGGGUGCGACAUGACUUCUCCCUGUCAAUUGGCAUUUCUCUUGCAAGGUUAUAUCCUAUUCAAAGGGUUCAGAAGUGACAUAGGAGAACCUUAUAAAAGAAGUGACAAGUUCCUUCUAAAAUGACAUGGAUGCAGUGACUUAUGAUGAUGUGCAUGUGAACUUCACUGUGGAAGAGUGGAAUUUGCUGGAUCCUUCCCAGAAGAGUCUCUACAAAGAUGUGAUGUUGGAGACCUAUUGGAACCUCACUGCUAUAGGGUACAAUUGGGAANACCAACAUUUUGAAGAACAAUAUCAAAGUUCUAGAAGACAUGAAAGGCCUGAAAGAAGUCAUAGUGGAGAGAAACCCUAUGAAUGUAAUCAAUGUGGUAAAGCCUUUUCAUGUCACAGGAAUCUCCAACGUCAUAGAAGAAUGCAUACUGAAGAGAAACCUUAUGAAUGUAAUCAGUGUGGUAAAGCCUUUUCACAUAACGGUCUUCUCCAAAGUCAUAGAAGAAUACAUACUGAAGAGAAACCUUAUGAAUGUAAUCUAUGUGGUAAAUCCUUUGCAAGACUCAGUCAUCUUCAAUAUCAUAAAAGAGCACACAGUGGAGAGAAACCCUAUGAAUGUAAUCAUUGUGGUAAAGCCUUUUCAUGUCCCAGGAAUCUCCAAAGUCAUAGAAGAAUACAUACUGAAGAGAAACCUUAUGAAUGUAAUCUAUGUGGCAAAGCCUUUGCAAUAUCCACAUAUCUCCAGUAUCAUAAAAGAACACACAGUGGAGAGAAACCUCAUGAAUGUAAUCUUUGUGGCAAAGACUUUGCAAAACCCAGUCUUCUCCAAAGUCAUAAAAGAAUACAUACUGGAGAAAAACCCUAUAAAUGUAAUCAAUGUGAUAAAGCCUUUUCAUGUAAUAGUAAUCUCCAUAGACAUAAAAGAACACACACUGGAGAGAAACCCUAUGAAUGUAAUCAAUGUGGUAAAGCCUUUGCAUAUCCUAGUCAUCUCCAAUAUCAUAGACGAAUGCAUACUGGAGAGAAACCUUAUGAAUGUAAUCUAUGUGGUAAAUCCUUUGCAAGACCCGGGAAUCUUCAAUAUCAUAAAAGUAUACAUACUGGAGAGAAACGUUAUAAAUGUAAUGAAUGUGGUAAAGCCUUUUCCCAUUAUAAUGAUCUCCGUAGUCAUGAAAGAACACACACUGGAGAGAAACCCUAUGAAUGUAAUCAAUGUCCUAAAGCCUACUCAGAUGCAAGAACUCUGCAAUAUCAUACAAGAGCACAUACUGGAGAGAAACUGAACCUGAUUUAUUCAGCUCAUUCUUCCUCAUUCUCAAUUGAAAUAACAGAAGAUCAUCAAUAACCAAGAAACAUUUGUUCCCUUAUUUUGAAAAGCAAAAGAAAUGUCACAGUGUUACCUGUAGCAGUGAUAUUCUCUUCGGUCUCCAGCAUCACCUCUGCACAGAGACUUUUCUGGGAAGGGUCCAGCCAAUCGCCCUCUCCCCCCCGUGAAGAUCAGAUGCACAUCAGCAGAAGGCAUUGCAUCCUAUAAUAUCCCAUAAACGUGUACAACACAGAGCAUGAUACUGACAUCACUGUAAAUAAAUGUAUGCUGCCUUGACAAUAUAUUCAUAUGAUUCUGUUGAAAGACAGAUGGAACAAUCCCUGGAGUGGAGGACAGUUCUACUAGGUACACCUUGUAACAGGUAGGAACUGAGAAAUAUCAGGGAGAACUGACAGCCAGACAUGCUUUGAUUUGUUAAAUGGGCACCUCAGCCAUUGGUCCCAGGGUUUGAGUCUUAGCAGUAGUGAAAAAUGAGAAAGUUCAAAGGAUGAAUUAUAAUCACAAAAAUUAUUUUAAAAGUUUGAACAGGUUUUAUGGUCCACUAUUGUUCAGGGACUAGACAUAUGUAUUAGAGCACACCAACUAUUAUUCAUGCCUUUUCUCUCAGGUUGUGUACUUUCAGAGAAAAAUAUAACAAUCUGUUACGCACAGAGACACCAGUUUGUACAGAUCUUCUGUGUUGGUUGAACGAGUGUAAUAACACGUGGGGCCAUGGGCUACAGGCAGACAGCCUGGUUUCCAGUCGAGGCUAGAUCUUGAACCCUGGGACCCGGUAGUGAUAAUUC